GCGGCGGAAGUUCCUCUACGACCGCAAAGGCUGCCUCACGCUUUGAUUCACGCCACCGUGCGUGUGCUGCACGCGCCGCGGCAUUGCGACGCUAUCUAUCGACCAUGUUCCAAGGUAGCAGCAAAGCCACAGCCACGGCCGCCGCCGCCGCCGCGGCCGUCGCCGCCGGCGUCGUCGUCGGCAAGGCCCUGUCUCAAGAGGAUGCGCUGCUCCGCCUGCGGCUGCGCCUCGCCCAGUUCUUCAGAGGCAAGUACACGCUCCGCGACGUUAGAAUCCCCGAGAGCCUCCUGCCGCGGGAGCUACGAGGCGCCGCCGACGCCGAGGGCCUCGUGGCCUGCGACGUCGCCGUCGGAAAUGGUGUUAUUGAUGAGGUCGCGCCGCCGAAGAGUCUGGGGGGCAUCGACUGCAACGGUUGUCUGGUCGUCGCGUGCUUCGCCGAUUCUCACACCCACUUGGUAAAGACGCACGCGCAUCCGCGCGCGCGCAACGCGACGGGCUCGAUCAACGGUGCUUUAGCGCAGGAGGUCGAGGACCAGCCGCGCUGGGCGGCCUGUGCGUGUUGCCGGCCCAACGCCUUAACGGGCGGUUCAGAUAAUGCGGGCGGUCCCCAAGACCAAGUAGUGUGUCCGAAGGCCGACGACGUGAAGCGGCGCAUGGAAUUUGCGUUAAAGACGGCCUACGUCCACGGGUCGAAGGCCAUCCGGACGCAUCUCGACGGCACGGCCGCGGACGAUCAAAAACUGGUGGAUACGGUGUAUGCGGCGUUCCGGGAACUGAGAGACGAGUACGCGACGAAGGGACUCGUUGUCCAAGGCGUCGCGAACCUCUACUUACCUCUGUGGUCCGAUGAAAAUAUCGCAAAGCCGUUCGCGGACCGAGCCUUCAAGGAGGGCGCGAUAUUAGGCGCCUACUGCGGCAACGUCGCCGAGACGACACCGGAGGAGACGCUGAAGCACUGCGCGGCGUUAUUUACCCACGCCAUAAGACUAAAACUGCCGGUCGACUGCCACGUCGAUGAGACCAAUGAUGCGCGGUGCCGCGGUUUAUCGGCGUUAGCUCAUGCUUUGCUCGAUGCGCGGGCCGUGGGCUACGACCAGCCGGUGGUCUUCGGGCACUGCACGGCGCUCGCGUUGCAGCCGCCUCACAUACUAAACGCGAUCUGCCAAGCUUUAGAACAGUGCAAGCCCGUUUGUAUUGUAGUGAACCCCUCCACCAAUUUAGGAUUGCAAGAUAGAAGAGGCUCGGCGCCGCCGCACUGCGCGUUUAUCGAUCCGAAUGAACCGCGGACGCCGAAGUGGCGCGGCCUCGCCCCGGUCCAAGAGCUUGCUUCGCAGAACAUUGAUGUGGCUGCCGCCUCGGACAAUGUCAGGGAUUGGUGGCACCCCUACGGCGACUACGACCAAUUGGAGACCUGGAAGAACGCUGUUACUUUAGGUCAUUUGGACACGGCGCCGCACGAAGGUCGGUGGGCCGCACUCGUCUCUUCAGCUCCUGCGCGGGCGAUGGGCCUCGCCUCGGAGCCCUUCGCCGAAGGCGCGCCCGCGGACCUCGUGAUGUUUCCGAGGGCGCGGCGCGUCUCGGAGCUUUUUGCGCGGCCCCACGGCCUCGGCCGCGUCGUGCUGAGGAAGGGGCGCGUCCAGAGUGGUACCGUGCCGUCCUACCGCGUUUUGGACGACGUCGUCGCCGAAACGACGCCCCAGCCUCCACCUGAUGUCGCGUACGCGCGGGGCGCGGCCAAGAGCGGGCUGCAGACCUGAGUUCAGUUCCUCCUUUUGUUUUGUACAUAUAAGACUGGUUCCCUGGG